UCGUGGGAGUAACCCGCGGUUUUGAAGACUUUUUUGGGGAGGUAGGGGGGGGGGGAGCAGAGGAGCCGGGGACCGGGACGCUGGACACCAUGCACACGGAUGUGGUGCUGCUCUUCCUGCUGGUCGGGGUGGCCGGCGUGUCGGGACGGACGCGUCCGGAGGGACGAGACGUCAGGCAUCACCACGGUGCUCACCAUGUCCACCAUCAUCACCGGGGUCAACGCCUCCAUGCCCCGGGUGUCCUACAUCAAAGCCGUGGACAUCUACCUCUGGGUCAGCUUCGUCUUCGUGUUCCUGUCGGUGCUCGAGUACGCCGCCGUCAACUACCUGUCCACUCUGCAGGAGCGCAGGGAGAGGGUCCUCCGAGAGACGCUGCCGUGCCCCUGCGGCUUGGCCCACCCGGGCGUGAUGUCGGAUGGCUACAGCAACGUGGACUUCAACACGACGGGGCAGAACGGGAUGAAGCGGGAGAGGAUGCUGGUGCAGCUGGCGAUGGAGAGCGACCAGGUCACCGGCCACGUGGGCGCCUAUAGCAACAGCUGGAUCGACAUGCACGUCAUAGACAAGUACUCCCGGGUCCUCUUCCCUGGAUCUUACGUCCUCUUCAACAUCAUCUACUGGUCCAUCUACUGCUAACACUCUGCCGCCCUGCUCGUCAAAGUUGCGCAAUAAACUUGCAGCUUUGGGCGGUUUUUCUUCUUCUUUCUUUCUCUUCAAAUAAAAGAAAAAGAAGAUGGAACUCGGGCACGGUUCAACGGCAAUAUCAUUGCCUUUUUUCUUCUUUUUUUUGACAGAUUAUUUAGUUUAUCCUGAUUUUAGUGAAAUAUAAAUAAGAUUUAUUGUUUUGUAUAUUGUUGCUUUUUAAAUGACAAAGAAGGCAGUUUUACUAAUUAGUUAAACUAAUUAAAUGUGUGUUUGUUUAAGGCAGAACAGAGCGGGGAUGUGGAGCGAAAUGUAUCCGCGGACGACGUAAAAAUGUACUUCCUGCUCCUCUGUCGUGAUUGGACGAAGAAAAAGUGACGAGUGUAGCUGUGCUCCCCUUGCAAAUAUCUUCUUUUUUUUAAAAGCAUAAAACAUGGUGGUUGUGACAUUUGCUCGCCAAUGGUAGAACAAAAAGUGCGCUACUGUGUGCGGUGUUGUGGCCACUAAGGGUGUGCUAACUGUGUGCUAACUGUGUUGUGGCCACUAAGGUUGUGCUAACCGGGUGCUAACGGUGCUAAAAAUCUGUACUUGGGUGCAAGGAUUUGAAUUUAAAGCAAAAUGUAUUCGUUCUUUUUUUAGUUGCAGUCCUAAAAUAUUUCGAUGAUAAAGUCGAGUUUGCGUUGUAAAUGGUGUUUUUGUUUCGGUCGAAUCUUCACGGUUUCAUGGUUAUAUGUCAUUGUUCUAUUAUUUGAGUUGUUUCUUGAUAUGCUUGAACUUACACUUAAUAUUAGUCACAUGCAGUCUCAGAUGGAAUUGGAGCUUUUUCUUUUUCUACCUUCAGGUCUCUUGUAAUUCUUCUCUUGUUAAAAUCACGUAAUUGGUAUAAAGUUGUCCAGAAUUGUUGAUUAAAAUGUUUUUCUCAGA